CCAAAUCCUGACAAUAACCAAUAUACUCCUUCUCCUCCUCCUCCUCCUCCUCCUCCUCCUUCUUCGCUUAAUCGCAGAGAAGCGUUGAUUAGCUGUUGGUUCUUCUUCUCCUCUAUCUCUGUUUCUUCUUCAACUCUCUUCGAACUUCUUCAAAUUAACUACCGUUGAAUUCUUCUCCCUCCCGUCUCUUUCUGAAUGAUUACGGAACAUAUUCGAUUUUCUCAGGCUUUUCGUGUUCGUUGUUCUUGCCAUUUUUCAAUCACAUCCCCUUCUCUCCCUACAGAGACAUGUGUAUUUAAUAUAUGUUUUUUCUUUCAAGUUUCAAAGACUUUUGGGUUGUUGUUCUUGUUGGUAUAUUCCUGUAUUUUCUCCAAACUUACUGAAGGGCGUUUUUAGCACUUCCGUUUUCAGUGUGUUCUGCUGAAAUUGUUAUUUAAUUCUCAAAGUUUUAAAAUAAUGGGUUUCUUGAGUAUCUGGCAUUCUUAGGCAACUCAUCGUGGAUCUGCGAAGUCACCCAAUUUGAUUUGUAUAAUAUAAUCCUUGUUUUUCUAUUGUAUAAAAAGAUUUAAAAUACUUUUUGUUUCUCUAUCCGUCUCCUUCCUUCGCCUCCCCCUAAAAGUUGCCCCAAAUAGGGAUUUAAGUUUGGAGUAGAGAAAUGGUUCUGUUCAACUUUUGAAAAACUUGACCCCCUUCUGGUUAUGGAUCUGGAAAGUGGGGUGGUUAAUGAGAAGAAUGCGAAGAAAGACUCAUGGAGGACGGUUUUGAUGAUGGCUUAUCAGAGCCUUGGCGUUGUCUAUGGGGAGUUGGGGACUUCGCCUCUGUAUGUCUACAAGAACACUUUUGCUGAUGAAGAUAUCGAGCACACCACCAGCAACGACGAGAUUUACGGCGUUUUGUCCUUCGUUUUCUGGACUCUCACUAUUGUUCCUCUGCUCAAGUACAUAUUUAUCGUCCUUAAAGCCGAUGACAAUGGCGAGGGAGGGACGUUCGCUCUCUAUUCGUUGCUGUGUCGACACGCCCGAGUUAGCUCAUUGCCCAAUACUCAGUUGGUUGACGCUGAACUCGCUGAGUACAAGAUGGAUAUCCACGGUCCACCGCCUCAGGAAAGUUUUGGGUUCAAACUCAAAUCUGCGUUGGAGAAGCGUCGGAUUCUGCAGAAAUUCUUGCUCGUUCUUGCUUUACUUGGGGCUUGCAUGGUGAUUGGGGAUGGCAUCCUGACACCGGCUAUUUCUGUUUUUUCGGCGGUUUCUGGCCUCGAGCAUACCAUGUCGAAAGAGCAUCACAAAUAUAUAGAAGUCCCAAUCACAUGCAUCAUACUGAUAGGCUUGUUUGCUCUUCAACACUACGGCACGCACAAGAUAGGCUUCUUGUUUGCUCCCAUAGUGACAGUUUGGCUAUUGUGUAUCAGUGCCACUGGCUUGUACAAUAUUAUUCACUGGAAUCCUGGUGUUUAUAGAGCAAUUUCUCCUCGUUACAUGUUCCAAUUUCUUAAGAAAACACAAAAAGGAGGUUGGAUGUCACUUGGUGGAAUUAUGUUGUGCAUUACUGGUUCAGAGGCGAUGUUUGCAGACCUUGGGCAUUUCUCACAGCUAUCAAUUAAGAUUGCUUUCACUUUUAUGGUUUAUCCAUCUCUCCUCCUAGCAUACAUGGGACAAGCUGCCUAUCUAUCUCAAAAUCAUACCACUCCAAAUGUAAUUGGGUUUUAUGUAUCUGUACCUGAGAAAUUGAGGUGGCCUGUCCUUAUAAUCGCUGUGCUUGCUGCAGUAGUAGGAAGCCAGGCUAUAAUCACCGGAACUUUCUCAAUUAUAAAGCAGUGCUCCGCUUUGGGUUGCUUUCCGCAAGUUAAAAUUGUCCAUACAUCCUCGAAAGUUCACGGUCAGAUUUAUAUCCCGGAGGUUAAUUGGAUUUUGAUGCUGUUGUGCUUGGCUGUUACCAUAGGUUUCAGAGACACAAAGCGCUUGGGUCAUGCCUCAGGUCUGGCAGUGAUAACCGUCAUGCUGGUUACUACGUGCUUGAUGUCUCUUGUUAUCGUCCUGUGUUGGCAUCGAAGCGUGUUUCUUGCAAUAGGCUUCAUCUUCUUCUUUGGCAGCAUUGAAUCUCUCUACUUCUCAGCUUCUCUCAUCAAAUUUCUUGAAGGAGCUUGGGUUCCCAUCGCUAUUUCUCUUGUCUUGCUGAUUGUUAUGUAUGUCUGGCACUAUGGUACUCUUAAGAAGUAUGAAUUUGACAUCCAAAACAAGGUUUCUAUCAACUGGCUGCUUAGUUUGGGUCCCAGCCUAGGCAUCGUAAGGGUUCGUGGGAUUGGUCUCAUACAGACGGAGCUUGUUUCAGGAAUCCCGGGUAUCUUCACCCACUUCGUCACCAAUAUUCCUGCCUUCCAUCAGGUUCUCGUUUUCCUUUGCAUCAAACAUGUCCCGGUGCCACGUGUUAGACCUGAGGAACGGUUUCUAAUAGGUCGUAUAGGUACGAGCGAAUAUAGACUCUAUAGGUGCAUUGUACGAUAUGGGUAUCGAGAUGUUCACAAAGACGACGUAGGGUUUGAGAAUGAUCUUAUAUGCAGCAUAGCAGAGUUUAUGAGGUCAGGGAAUCCAGAGUCUAGUGAUUCCAAACACGGUUUUGACAGAGAUGGUGAAAAUAUGACAGUCGUCGGGACAUCUUCUACCCAUGAAGAUAGAAUUCAGAUGGCUGAGAACAAUAACGACGCAGACUCUGAAGAACUGUAUGCAGCUUCAGACGCAAGGGAAAUAAGGUCGCCAGCUCCAAUUCAAUUGAGGAAAAGAGUGCGUUUCAUCGUACCCGAGAGCCCAAAGAUCAACACCGAUGCAAUGGCAGAACUAGAAAAUCUAAUGGAAGCAAGGGAAGGAGGAGUAGCUUACAUAUUAGGACGGUCGCACAUGAAAGCAAAACAAGGAUCGAGCAUGCUGAAAAGGGUGUCGAUCGACUUCAUUUACGAGUUCUUGAGGAAGAACAGCAGAGAAGCUAACUACCCUGUAGGUUCAUCACAUUCAUCAUCAACCCUUGAGGUGGGUAUGAUGUAUCUUGUUUAGUUUUAACCAUAAUAAUACUAGAAUUCUAUGUAGAUAGAUAUGGGUAUAGAAAGCUGUAAUAUCUGUAAAAAUAUUGAAAAAAAAAAAAGCCUAUAAAAUUCAAGUGUGGAUUUGAGGAAAAUGGGAAUAACAAAACAUAAUUCAAUUA